CCGGAUCCCGGAUCCGCUUCUUCAACUCAAAACAGAAACCCUACGUCACCAGGGGUCCGUCUCCUCGAUUUCAAUCUCUUUCUUUGAUGGAUUCGCCUUGAAUCAAUCGUUUAGUCGAGCUCUCCCAAAAGAUGUCGAAUCACUCCAGAGACGAACCAAGCACCGCCCCGAAAACAGAUCAAUGGUACGAUCUCGUCCUGGGCUCCUCCGCUAAAGACGACUCCUCUCAUAAAUUCUGCACCUUGCGAUAUGAGUUCAAACCUGCUUCUAUUGAUAAGAAGAGGUCAGGGACUCUGCACAAGAAGAAGGAUAACAGAGUCUCCGUUGAGUUUCAGAACAACCAGCCUGGUAAACCUAAGGUGACGUUUGAAGGUAGUAGUGAGGAUUAUAAGGAUAAUGACGCCGUGCUGUUUUUCGAUGGGGAGAAGUUUCGUUUGGAGAGGCUGCAUAGGGCUGUGAAGCAGCUGAGGCAUCUCAGGACGCCUGGUGAAUCUGCUGCCGCGGUGCCGGCGGGGUCUUCUUCUCAGUCUGCAGUGGCUCCUCCUGUGGAGCAUCGGGUGUCUCCUCCUGUUGGUCGUGCUGCUAAGUCUCCUCAUGUUAAUAGAAGCUUGCACCCAGAUAUGCCUGUUGAAGUUGAAAGAAUCGAAAUUGGGAAGCGAGAGAACUCAGCCGAACCUGCCAUCCCUAGAAGCAAUGCACCUUCGAUCUCACCAGUUGAUGAUGUCAAGAACGAAGACGGAGAAGAAGAGCAUCACGAGAUUGAUUUGGUUGACAUAUUCGGCUCAUUUACACCAGAGAAGGACAACGCAGAGAAAGACAACGCUGACGUUGGUGGAGAAUACGAGGAAACUUUAAACAAACAGCUUAGCAUCACGGAAGAGGAGAUUGCAGAUGUGGACGACGACAGCGGCGGCGAAGGAGAGAAGGGUCUGAACGCAGCGGAAGCGCUUAGAGCGCAAGUAAACGCAGAGGUGCAGCAAAAACGCGAAAGCUCAAGCUCAAGCAGUAGCAGCGGGAGCAGCAGCGGGAGCGACAGUGAUGGUAGGAGCAAAAGCGUGAGCAGCGGAAGUGGGCAGAGUAGCAGCGGAAGCAGUAGCCGUGGAGGAAGUGGAGGGAGUGACGAUGAAGAUGAAGUCAACUCCGUGUAACAAAAUACAACAAUAUUACCAAACUUAUUGUGUCUGAAUAAUUGGCUUUGAAGAUCCAAAAGGUUAACUUUCACUUAAAAGCAGAUUUAUAAAUGAUAUGGUCCAGUUCGGACAUAUAGCAAA